AUGAGGAAGAUAGCAUUCAUUUCAGGCGUGACUGCAUUGCUAUCUACGAUAGUUCAUGCAGUAUCUACUGGGAAUCAUGGCCUACGUCAUGUCAAAAGACAGCCAUCGACAGAGCGAUUGGUCUUUGCACACUUUAUGAUCGGAAUCACCAGCAACCGAAAGAGUGCCUUGGAUUAUGAUGAUGACAUGAAGCGUGCCAAGUCUCUGGGGAUUGAUGCAUUCGCUCUGAACAUUGGUGUAGACCCAUAUACUGACCAACAACUCCAACUGGCAUACGAAUCAGCCGCCAACAAUGACAUGAAGGUCUUUCUCUCAUUCGAUUUCAACUGGUGGCAUAUCGAUCAGGCUACCGCAGUUGGCCAGAAGGUUGCCCAGUAUGCUAGCAAGCCUGCACAACUUCUCGUCGAUAACAAGGUGUUUGUUUCGUCAUUCGCCGGGGACGGAAUGGAUGUUGCAGCUUUGCGAGCCGCAGUUGGAAGGUCAAUCUUUUUCGCACCUAACUUCCACCCCGCUACGGGGACGGAUAUUUCGCCGGUUGAUGGCCUGUUGAAUUGGAUGGCGUGGCCAAAUAACGGAGAUAACAAAGCACCAACUCCUGGUCAUAACGUUACAGUGGCUGAUGGGGAUCGAGUAUAUGUCAACGCCCUUGGUGGAAAGGCCUAUAUUGCCCCUGUAUCGCCGUGGUUUUUCACCCAUUUUGGACCUGAAGUUUCUUACAGCAAGAAUUGGAACUUCCCAUCUGAUCUCCUGUGGUUUAACAGAUGGAAUGAGAUCCUUGCGUUGAAACCGCGAUUUAUCGAGAUUGUGACAUGGAAUGACUACGGAGAGUCUCAUUAUAUCGGCCCUUUGAACUCACCACAUACUGACGACGGGGCCUCGAAAUGGGUUAACGACAUGCCUCACGAUGGAUGGCUGGACAUUUCAAAACCAUACAUCGCUGCAUUCAAAGCAGGCGAUUCUUCUCCCAACAAUCACAUCUCGUCUGAUGAGUUAGUCUACUGGUAUCGACCUGCACCACGUGGGGUGAACUGCGACUCUACAGAUACCUGCAUGGUACCAGCAAACAAUGGGAGUGGAAACUAUUUCAUGGGUCGUCCAGAUGGAUGGGAAUCCAUGGCAGAUUCUGUCUUCGUUGUCUCAUUACUUACAUCUCCAGCCACAGUCCAGGUCAACAGUGGCGGGACUGUCUAUAAUUACGAGGCACCAGCAGGUGCAAGUGCAAAGGAGGUGCCAAUGGGAGUUGGCUCACAAAGCUUCGCGGUUAUUCGAGAUGGGCAGACUAUUCUAUCAGGGACCAGUUUGAAGGAGAUUAUCAACGGCUGCGUAUGUGGUUUGUACAACUUCAACGCCUAUGUCGGGACCCUUCCAGCAGGAUUCAACGAUCCUCUCCUGCAAGAUGGGCUCUCUGCCUUUAAACAAGGCCUGCGUGUACAGUCAUGUCAACCGAGCCCCUCAUUAGGUACAGUACCUCCAUCUCCUUCAUCUUCAAGCACUAGCACAACGUUGCCAAGUCCUCCCCCGAGUACAACACGUCCUGGUCAAUGUUCUAGCGCUCUGUCAACUGUCGUGGUUACUGUUACAGUUACUCAGACUGCACCAGGUUCAACCCCAACUGGCGGUGGUGGUGGUAGUGGGGGAGGUGGAAAUGGCGGAGGUGGUAGCAAUGGAGGCGGCGGCGGCGGUGGAGGUGGCGGAGGUGGGGGUAGGACCUGCAUUGCAGGAACAGGACCCAAUAACUACGUUGGUAUGGGAGUGCUGUCCCGCGUCCACCAUCAGCUGGAACUCAUGGGCUACCGCUUGUCGGCGAAGAUGAUUCGUAUCUGGGGCUUUGCAGUUUCGCCUGUGAUCAUGGUUAUUGUCCCUCCACAGCCUGUAGAGUGGGUUGAGUAG